GGAGGGCGGGGUGGAGGGGGAAGGGGGAGCUACUUUCUUCCUGAGUUGAAAAACGCACCCCCAUCCCGUCCCCCCGCCUUGUCCCCCGGGGGAGAAGCCGUGGCUGAGGAGCCUGAGCAAAGCCGAGCCGGGGCGGGCCAGGCUGGGGUGAGUGGGUCCCGGUCCCGGUCCCGGUCCUAGUCCUAGUCCCAGUCCCAGUCCCAGUCCUGGGGAGCAGCGGCUUCACCUGCCCGUGCCCCCCGGAGCACCGCCGAUGAGUUGAGCCCCCGCUCCCGUGGAAGGAUAUUUCAAAGAUGGUUUGGCUCCCACUGGGGCUUGGAGAUCUGAUGCCACAAUGAGGACUCACACACGGGGAGCCCCAAGUGUGUUUUUCAUACACACAAUUUGCUUUGCCUUUGCCUUCGGAGCCAGGGAGAACCCGGAUGCAAUGGUUCCUUUUGUCAACGCCAACUAUGACAGCUAUCCCAUGCUCUACUUUUCCAAGGGGGAUGUGGAGGGUCUGCGUCUCCAGGCAGCCACCACUCACCGGCACAUUGCAGCUCGGCUGAUCGAGGCAGUGCAAACGAUGCUCUCCAAUCCCCUGGAGUACCUGCCUCCCUGGGACCCAAAGGAGUUCAGCGCUCGGUGGAAUGAAAUUUACGGCAACAAUCUUGGGGCCCUGGCAAUGUUCUGCGUGCUCUACCCGGACAACAUUGAGGCCAUUGGCAUGGCCAAGGAUUACAUGGAGAGGAUGGCAGCUCAGCCUAGUUGGCUAGUGAAGGAUGCCCCAUGGGAUGAGGUCCCUCUUGCUCAUUCCUUAGUUGGCUUUGCCACUGCUUAUGACUUCUUGUACAGCUAUCUUAGCAAGACUCAACAGGAGAGAUUUCUUGAGGUAAUUGCCAAUGCCUCAGGAUAUAUGUACGAAACAUCAUACAGACGUGGAUGGGGUUUCCAGUACCUCCAUAACCACCAGCCUACCAACUGUGUGGCCCUGCUGGCUGGAAGCCUGGUUCUGAUGAAUCAAGGCUACCUUCAGGAAGCUUACCUGUGGACCAAGCAAGUGUUGGCAAUCAUGGAGAAGUCAGUGGUCCUGCUGCAGGAGGUCACAGAUGGCUCCCUCUAUGAAGGGGUGGCUUAUGGCAGCUACACAACCAGAUCGUUGUUUCAGUAUAUGUUUCUUGUCCAAAGGCACUUUGAUAUCAAUCACUUCAGCCACCCCUGGCUCAAGCAGCACUUUGCAUUUAUGUACAGGACUGUCCUGCCAGGGUUUCAGAGAACUGUGGCCAUUGCGGACUCCAACUACAACUGGUUCUAUGGGCCAGAGAGCCAGCUGGUGUUUCUUGACAAAUUUGUCAUGCGCAACGGCAGCGGGAACUGGUUGGCAGAGCAGAUCAGAAGGAACCGGGUAGUGGAGGGCCCAGGGACUCCAUCCAAAGGGCAGAGGUGGUGCACUCUCCACACUGAAUUUCUCUGGUAUGAUGCAAGUUUGCGCUCUGUACCUCCACCAGACUUUGGAGUUCCAAAGCUGCAUUACUUUGAGGACUGGGGAGUGGUAACCUAUGGAAGUGCUUUGCCAGCUGAAAUCAACAGGCCUUUCCUUUCCUUCAAGUCAGGAAAGCUGGGAGGACGUGCAAUAUAUGAUAUCGUUCAUAAGAACAAGUACAAAGAGUGGAUCAAGGGAUGGAGGAACUUUAAUGCUGGUCAUGAACACCCGGACCAGAACUCCUUUACUUUUGCUCCCAAUGGUGUACCUUUCAUAACAGAAGCUCUGUAUGGGCCAAAAUAUACUUUUUUUAAUAAUGUGUUGAUGUUUUCCCCUGCUGUGUCCAAGAGCUGCUUCUCCCCAUGGGAAGGACAGAUUACAGAGGACUGUUCUUCAAAGUGGCUUAAAUAUAAACAUGACUUGGCUGGUGACUGUCAGGGACGAGUGGUUGCUGCCAUGGAGAGAAGCGGGGUGGUUUUUAUCAGGGGAGAAGGAGUGGGUGCAUACAAUCCUAAACUGAAGCUGAGAAAAUUGCAAAGAAACCUCAUACUUCUCCAUCCUCAGCUUCUGUUGGUGGUUGACCAAAUCCACCUAGAAGAUGACAGCCCCCUGGUGGCAGCAACCAGUUUCUUCCACAAUGUGGAUGUGCCUUUUGAAGAAACUGUUGUUGAUGAGGUCCAUGGGGCAUUUAUUAGACACCGUGAUGGGAUAUAUAAGAUGUACUGGAUGGAUGAUACUGGCCACAGUGAGAAAGCUACCAUUGCCUCAAGGAUGUAUCCCCGGGGCUACCCUUACAACGGAACGAACUAUGUGAAUGUAACAACCCUCUUGCGGCACCCAGUCACGAGAGCCAUUUACCUGUUCAUUGGGCCCUCCAUCGACGUGCAGAGCUUCACGGUCCGCGGAGACUCUCGGCAGCUGGAUGUUUUUGUCACCACCAGUGAGCACGCCUAUGCAAUUUACCUGUGGACUGCUGAGGAAGGGCCCCGUUCUGCCUUUGCACAGGUUAUUGCAGACCGCCAGAAAAUUGUCUUUGACCGUGCCUCUGCCAUUAGGAGCUCUGCAGUGCAGGAAGUGAAGGACUACGUAGGGAUUGUGGAGAGGAACCUGCAGCAUUUUAAGCCAGUUUUCCAGCAGCUGGAGAAGCAGAUACUGUCUCGUGUACAAAACACAGCUAGCUUUAGGAAGACUGCUGAGCGCCUGUUGAGGUUUUCAGAUAAAAGACAGACAGAGGAGGCCAUUGACAGAAUAUUUGCAAUCUCACAGAGGCAGCAGCAGCAGCAUAGCAGAGCAAAGAAAAAUAGAAAGGUAGCCAAAGGCUACAAAUUUGUUGAUGCUGUUCCUGACAUUUUUGCACAAAUUGAGGUAAAUGAAAGAAAAGUGCGUCAAAAGGCACAGACUCAAGCACAAAAAGAGUUGCCUGUAGAUGAAGAUGAGGAAAUGAAAGAUCUUUUGGAUUUUGCAGAUAUCACUUAUGUGAAGCACAAAACUGGAGUGUCAAUCAAAGGCCGAUCAGGGCUGGCACAGAUGGUGACAACUGCUCGAAGUAGCGCCCCAUCAAUAUCAGCCUCUUAUACCCGCCUCUUUCUCAUUCUCAACAUUGCUAUUUUUUUUGUCAUGUUAGCAAUGCAGCUCACAUAUUUUCAGAAGGCCAAAAGACUGCAUGGCCAAAGAUGUCUGUAUGCAAUACUUCUAGUAGACAGUUGUAUAUUAUUGUGGCUGUAUUCUUUCUGUUCUCAGUCACAAUGUUAGAAGAUCUCUAUUAGUUGACCAGUUUAUGGUCAUAUAUGUCUAUGCAAAAGCAUUAACCCUAAUAGGGCCAAGUUUAUGUUCUUUUUUUUCUGAAACAUUCCAAAAACAGCUGGGGAAAGAUUGGUUUCAGACCAGAAAGGAUUGACAAAUAAGGCAGGCAAUGAAUUUCUCAGAAAACUAAGUACUUAAUAAGUAUUCCUCCUUUGAGUUUUGAGUUGGGCCUCACAUCUGAGGGAAUAUUAUGUUUUGUUCAUCAGAGUUUGGUAAUGUAAAGUUGUAAUUCAUUUUUGGUGAGAAGAGCUCUCUUAAAUGAUUUGUUUCUAAGGGCUUCCUUUUUAUACAGAAUUGGAUUUGCAUUUAGUGACUUUUCAUUACAAGCUGCUAUGGAUGUCUGUGGACAUGCUCUUAAGAAAAGGACAUUUGAACACAAGUAUGCAGGGCAGAUCUUAGCAGUUGAUUUCAAUUCCCUCUGCCAGACCAAAGAAUGCUUCAAUGUGGGGCACUCCUGUAUAAUUAUUUCAGACCUUUACAUCGUGUCAUCUCUUCCAUGCUCUCUUCCAUGCUUUACAAUCUGGCAUGAUAGGAGAUGGGAAUCCUGUCAGUACUUACCAAGUGAGCAGCACAAUGCUUAGUAGGCAGUAGCAGAAGGCAAAUAAGGGGCUGGUUCAAAAUAUAAAGGAACACAAUUCUCAGGAAAAAAAAAAAAAGCAUUUUUUCUUUCAGUCAAGUUUAGACUGCAGAAAGAUGAAUGCUGUAGCGUCUGUCCUCAGUUUUACAAGGCAGGGUUUCACAAAAGUUUUCCAUAGAUUGUAGUGCAUCUUAGCAGGGAAAUAAUAUCCUAUAUCAGUGCUCUUCCAUAUGCAAUUGGAAAAAUGCAAAAUAAAUAAAUAAAUAAAUAAAUAAAAUAAAAUAAAAAACACAAAGCAAUCCUGUGGUAACCUCAGCAAUUGUCAGUAUGGAAAAAAGGUAUUAAGGAAGUACUUAAUGUCUUUUUUCUGUUCACAUGACUAGAAACAGAGGACAGUUAAAAUUGUGUACACUCCACAGUAAAGCACCAUCAAGAGUUCUGCAAGCUCUUGGUGGCCCCCUGGGACAAUUAUUUGGGGAUUAGUGGUAAAUGGAAUCAUGUGGUUUAUGACAAAAAUAAGUUUGACAUCUCCACAUAUGUCCCCUUCUGUUAAUUAAACUUAAUUCAAAAAAUCAUAGCCGUUUGAGAGAAAGGCAACUCUAUGGAAUUGGGGCAUAUCUGUACAUCUUUACAGAAAAACAAUUUUUCCAGUACAUUUGCUAAAUAAAAACAUUAUAAUUGUCUCUAUGGAAAAGAUGUUUUUAUUUGAUUAAAAUACUUUUCCUGGUAAUUGCAGUAAAUACUUUGUUCGACCGUGAAACUUUAUUUCAUCUUCCUUACGCCUGCUUAAGUAUCUAUUAUCUACAUUGCUAUUUUUAAACCUUCUGUGAUUUUACGUAUUGAAAUGUGUUGAGCUUUUCUUGUCUAACAUCUUCAGUGAAUAGAUCUGAAUAUUUUCAUUAGGUUCCAAAUAUUGAGACAGUUCUGAGCACUGUAUUCACAUACAGAAGCCCUGCUACAGUCUCCAAUGCCUUGAUUUAGCCAACAAAAUUUGAUAUUUAGUCUGGACAAAGAUGUAGGACUCCAGUUAAUUUCUGCUCUGUCUCUAGUCAGUGGAGAGAGCCUUUGGACUGCUAGUCUACCUAAGACCUGAAACACCAAGACACUUUUCCCUGCUAAUUGAAAGAGGCAUGUAAAAUGGUUAAUCACCUGUUUCAAAUCACUCAGUUAAUUGCUUAAGGUGAAGGAAGUUGAAUUUGGGGAAUGUCACUCCAUAUAGUUCCAUGUUGGACAGGUUGGUAAUUAGGAAAAAUUUAUUCUCAGAAAGAGUGGUCAGGCAUUGAAAUGGGUUGCCCGGGGAGGUGGUAGAGUCACCAGCCCUGGGGGUGUUUAAGGAAGGGUUGGACUGCUUAGGGACAUAGUUUAGUGGGUGAUGAUGAUGGUAGGAGGAUGGUAGGACUAAAUAUCUGAGAGAUCUUUUCCAAACAUAAUGAUUCUAUGUUUGUGGCAGUGCUACUUACAGGCAAUGAUGGAAUGAAGGGAAAUGAAAAGUCCAUCCUCCUGAGUGGAAGACCAGGUCUGUUUCAGCAUAAGUGGGAAUCUAAGGGUUGUUCCAGCUUGUGCUUGGUUUGUACCUGAUACAUCUCUCUGAAAGAUUUAUGAGUUACCUGAAUAUGAAUGUUAUUGAUUCAACUUACACAGAUAUGAUUUUUAGUCAGAUAGGGCAGGUAAGCUUUGCUUCAACCAGUGAUGAAGCCCGUAAUUGUCCUGUAUAUAUUUCAGACAUGAAAACAAUCUCUUAGCUAUUCCUUAAAAGUGUCUCUCCAAUGGCCAUGUAAGUUUUGUUUCCAUUCUUCACUUCCAUUCUUCUCCCUUUUUCUCUCAUUCUGUAACAAAGAUCAUCAUUUGUUGUAAUGAAAUUUGAAGCAAAUGAAAGAACAGAUGUUUCUAUGAUGUCAGAAACCAGGAACUUGGGCUGUGGGCUAGAAGUGUCUGUGUCACGGGCCAGGAAGAAACAAUUCAUGCCUUCAUAGGGCGACAUGCACUGAAAAAUCUGCCUGUGCAUUACCAGGAAGUGUAAUGAGGAGGAGCCAGGCACAUGGGAUCAGCCCAGCCCUACUGUCUGGUGGGACUGUGGAGGAGGUGUCCUUAACAGGACUGUAUGGUUGUCAUUAAGGUUGGUGUCCUUAACACUUGCUAACAUAAAAGAGGUUGCUGUCCUUGUAUUUGUGUCCUUGGUCUGAAAUAUAAGACAGAAGCAAUCACUGUGACCUCUAUGUCCCUGGCAGAGGCACUUAGCGCAAGUUUCACAUGGACUGGUUAUAAUGAACAACAAAAUGUCAUUGUAUGGUAUCCAGCAGCAAAGUUACCUCUUACUUUCUGUUUUAAAUGGUGUCACACUACUGAAGUGUUUCCUGCACAUGCCUCUGCUCCUAUUGCUGGACUCCCUCUUUUUGAUUUCUGAAAAUGUUAAUUUUCUGCAUCUCUGAUCACAGGAAAAAUGGCUAUUCUAUAACCAGGUGUAUGUAGAGGGAUUCCUGUAUUCUUAAUGAUUUCUCUCAAUUUUUUCCCUUCUGAUUUCUCUAAAUUUUUUUCAAUACCUGAUGGUCUAUCACAUACAUUUAAGGUUGUAGUCUAAAUUAUUCUGAAGUUAGUUCAAUGGCAAUUCAGCUCACCAGUAGCUGUGUAUAUGUUUGAGGGCAGAAUCUGGUUCUUAGAUUUUUAAGUGAUUUAUGAGAUCAACUAAAAACUGAGUGUGUAUGUUAUAUGCAUCGUUGUGACCAAAGGAAACAAAGGGAAUGGAGCACAUUACCUCAUUUCUUAAAACGUGUAAGAUCAAAGUUGAUGCUGAAGUAUUAUAGUCUGAAAUGUAUCAGAUUGUUCUGUUGGCCACAUUUUCUGUAUUUUCCACUGAUGAACAGUUUUUUCUUAGUGUUUGAAAGCAGGUAAUAUUUGGAAAAUAGCUGUAUUUCUUCUACACCAGGAGGCCAUUACAAUCACAUUUAUUGGGUCUGUAAAAAUCUUAGUUGGAAUCAAACUUACUUUUGUCUAACUUUAAUCCCUUUCCUCUGUCUACUCCAUUAAAAUUCAGCAGGAUAACUUUAAGCCAGUUAAGUCAGACUCGGAUAAUGAAGACAAGAUUUUAUUUUCAGUCCUUCCAUGGUGGAUGACUCCGGGAGUACUCUGCAGCAGGAGGCCCAUGCAAUCCACUGCAGGAUAUGUCCAUACUGUCUUCAGUACACAGCCUGUUUUCUAAAUGAGUUAAACCUUUAAAUGAAUAAUGUCAAAGCACUUCAAAGAAAAUAAUAAUAAUAAUAAUUAAUAAUAAUAAAAACAGCAUCAGUUUUUCUCCUGAUAAUAACUAAUAAAGAUGAGUGAUUAAUUUAA